ACCCUCAGCACCCACCCAGCCGCGAGCGUGAGCUGGUUUCCUUCCUGAUCGCCCGGAGGGUGGGAAGCCCUGCGGCUGUGACAUCACCGGAAGCGGCUGCGAUGACGUCACAGGGGGAGGCGAUGAUGUCAGUGACAGAGGGGGGGUGGGCGAGGGUGACGGCGCCCGUGUGUCCCCGCCCCCGGCACGUCCCGCUGUCUCUGUGCUGUCCCGACGGGGUCUUGAGGAGGGUGACGGUGACGGCGGCGCGACACGGACGGCCGCUGUACCGCCAGGCACGCACCUGCCGCUGGGGGGACCUCCUGCCAUUCCCUGCGGACGUGGAGAGUGACGUCACGCCAGCCAAAGCAAUAAAAAACAGUGAAAAGUAGCGGCGUGACGUCAUCAUUGCGCGCCGGGGGGGGCAGAACUACAAUUCCCAGCAGCUAGCGCGCCGCGCAUGCGCUCUACCCGCAAGCCCGCCCUCCUCGAGGCCACGCCUCCCACGUGUGUGCGUGCAGAUGCUUCCUCACUUCCGUUGCAGCCGCCGGAAGCGUGCGUGCGUAGCGUCGCCCCUUCACUUCCGGUGCAGUCGCCGCCGCCGCCAUGUUUUUGCAGUGCUACAGCGAUGAGCGCGGGCAGCGCGUUUAUACAUUGAAGGUAAUCCGGGGGGGU